GCCAGUACGUGGCGACUUCACCCAAACACAGGAGGGAGUUCCGCGCAGGAGUGUCGGCCAGCUCUCCACGAACGAUCCCCGCGUACACACACACUCGCUGCAAUGAUUCUGCACAUUUACCACCGCAUCAGAAAGUUGAGACAUUAGCCGCACUGCUCGGAUGAGCGAGCAUUUCGUGUAUUUUCGUCAUACGCUGUUUUCCCAGACACAGACUCACUCAGAGUCAGACAGCACUGUGACCGAAUUACACAUCAUUAGGAGGCAGGCAGAAGCUGCAUUCCGUUCCCGUAAGGAUCCUGCUUCUUCUGAAUUUGUGAGCAGCGAUGGAGUCGUCCGUGGAACUGAGCAGCUCUCUGCCUCCGCCCCGCUCCCGCAUCUUCAAGAUCAUCGUGAUCGGGGACUCCGGGGUGGGCAAGACGUGCCUCACCUACCGCUUCUGUGCCGGGAAGUUCCCCGACAAAACGGAGGCCACGAUCGGCGUGGACUUUCGUGAGAAAGUUAUUGAGAUCGACGGCGAGAAGAUCAAGGUCCAGCUGUGGGACACUGCCGGCCAGGAGCGCUUCCGCAAGAGCAUGGUGCAGCACUACUACCGCAACGUUCACGCAAUCGUCUUCGUGUACGACAUCACCAACGCCGUCAGCUUCCAGAGCCUGCCGGCCUGGAUCGAGGAGUGCCGGCAGCACUCGCUGGGCCAGGACGUGCCCCGCAUCCUGGUGGGCAACAAAUGUGACCUGCGCGGUGCUGCCAGGGUGAGCACCGAUGUGGCACAGAAGUUCGCCGACUCCCACAGCAUGCCUCUCUUUGAGACGUCCGCCAAGAGCCCUGGAGACAAUGAUCACGUGGAGGCCAUAUUCAUGACGGUGGCGCAUAAGCUGAAGAGCCAGAAGCCUCUAGCUCUGAGCCAGCCCCCCAGCGGGGAUGGCACCGUGCCACUGAAGAAGCCCACGGAGGACAGGGGUGGCUACUCCUGCAGCUGCUGAGACCCCACAUUCGGUUGGCCGGGGACGGCGGGGAGCCUGCGGGUCCUUCCAUUGUGGUUCAGUACUCGGUUUUGUUCGUUGCCUCCUCCUUUCCAGAAAAGCAUCUACAGUAGUCUCCUCCUCUGUUCACAGGUGGGCUGGAAACCAUCUGUUCUUAGUGGGUGGUGUCGCACUAUAGCUUCUCAUUUGGCCAGUCCAUAACCUUGGAUACGAGCGUAGAGUAAAAUGUUUUACGUUUGAACACCUUGAAGUUAAAGGGUUGAGUGUGGAAGCUACUUCUCAGCUACCUGGUGGAGAGACCUGGUGAGUUUCAUCGCCAAGCCGUCCUCUUCCAUCGCCAUAGCUCCCUUAAGUCAAGGAUGAUGACUCAUGUUACGGGUGUGUCAGAACCCAAAGCUUAUUGCUACUGUGAUCCAUACAGUUAAGAAGAACAUUGACUCUCCUCGUCCUCCUGCGGCAUCCUCCACCUCUGACUGUGGAGAGUAGAGCCUGAAGGACUCUUUCAGGACAGUGCAAUGCACCGUUGAUGGACGUUACUGUUGGAACUGUGCAGCUUUCCUGUUGAGUGCUUGUGGAAGUGAAAGACCGCUGUAGGUUGCAUGUCUCUUUUGGUGGCAGUGUUCCAUGUUCACUUGUCUGAUGUUGACCAUCUCCUCCCUCUUACACCACUUGUACCGUGAUAUCUUACUCGAGAUCUUUUAACGCUAGAGCUGAAGGGAUGCGAACAGUCGCAGGGAUGAGUACUGAUCUCCACAGGGAUGGAGGAACGGGAGGAUUCUCUCUCCAACCGUGAGAAUUUCAGCUAUUAUUGUUAGGAAUAUGUGUGCAAAACAGAGUACUCUACUUUGCUGUUCAUGGUAGAGGACCAUCACACAAAGCUUGUUUCCCUCAAGGAGUGGACAUCAGCACACCGCUUGCAUGGUCUAGCUUGUCUUCUGUAGCUUUCUGUUGCGGUUUGUCUUUGAGUCUUUCGUACAUUUUGAAGGCGAAGUCCUACCACUGUACUCUGUGUACAUCAGCAUGCAACGUGUGUAAUCGUAUCGCACCUGCUCUCCGGAGCCUUACGAGUCCUGCCCACCGUGUCCCGCCAGCACAUGUUUCACGAUUCCGCCGCACUAUCGCACCAGUCACAGAAAGCACCGUGGGGAUGUACUUGGUGUGGGCGGCGCCCUGAGCCAACAGCCGGGGAAUCGCUGAAGGGCGAUGCUUCCUUCAGUGAACCUUUCAGCUGGGAUUGCGGCGAGCUCACACGCGUAGGCUGCCGGGGCUGCCGUAUGUUCUUAGAGGCAACACUCGGUCAUGUUAGACCUACCAGAUGUCGCUUUUGAAUUUGAUACAUGUAGGAAAAGAAAAAAUAGUGAGAUUCCGUGUUCACCGGGGCCGAAGUCUUUGGCCCCUGAAAUGAUGCGUGACUCUCGAAAGAGUUGGUUGAUGAGUCAGCGUAGCGUCGUAUCCACAGUGCCCCAAUGUGCUGCUUCCGUGUACCUACUAAACAAGGGUACAUCUUAAAAUGCGAAUGCCUGACAUGUUUGAAAACCAGUGGGGUACAGUUGUUCUAGUGUGAUGGUGGUAAAUGUAUGUAAUGCAUGUCUUUUUUUUUUUUUUUUUACAGCCAUAUUGAAAAUACUGUCCAGUAAGUUCACAGCUCAGGGCAACGCAGAUGCAUUAUGGUGACAGGGUUACGAUGCACAACUUGAAGGAGGCGGGGAAGAAAAAGAGCCAGCAAAAACAAGAAUGAAGCGUGUUGUUUUAUUGUUUACAUUAAUCGGACAGGUGUACCGUGUCCCUUCAUGCCGGAUUUCUGUGUUUUCGCGACGGUUUAAUGGAAGUCGUGACGUGGAAUCGGUGGAACGUUCUAGCUGUUGUCGGUGUCACGCUACCAUUUUCGUCCCGAUUCCACAUUCUGCCUGCUUGUCGAGCGAGUUGCGUUUACGCUCUGUUGCCGUGACCGCCGCACCCUGCUAACUCGGGAGCAGCAGAACGAUCGUCAGCAUUGUUUGCCCGGUUGUUUAUGAGUAAAGAGCACAUGUAAGUGUGACAGAUGACCGUGCCACAGAUCUGCUUCUUUUUCGGUUAAUUUAAUGCUAGAUUUAAAUCUCCGAAAUCUCUGUGGACCAUAAUCAGAUUCUCCGCAUUUUGCCAAGAACGGGACAUGCCUUAGUGUAACGGUGGUCGGGGGGGGACCUGGGUGAAACGCUAUAGCGUGCUUCUUUCUAUAACAUUUUACUGUGGGAAUAUCUUGUGAUACGUCGCUGAAGUGCCUCAUUGUCUUGAUUUUGAUUUCUUUAAGAGCUUUUCUCCAUGUGUCACUGUGCAACGCGUCUCGCCCUCGGGCCUUACGGUCACUGCCAGAGAAAGAGGCCUUCAGCCGCGAUGCCCUUUCGGCAGUGUGUCUUUGCCAUUACUGCACCGUCCUGUCAGGCGGUAACAUGCGGUCCGCAUGCGGGGAACGGAGCUCUGCCUUUAUUACCCAGAAUCCCUCCGAGGCAUCAUCGCUCACGGCUGCCGCUCAGUGACGCGGAGAUCCGCGCGGCUGCCCUUCUGGGCUCAGGACGGACUGGUCCCGGAAAGGGGACCUCUUCCGCGUGUCCGUGUGUCUUAGUUCUCGGUUCCCUCCCCACCGGCAGAAGGGAUCGGCGCUCGAGGCAUCGUCACCUCUGCGCUUCGCUCAGGCUCCUCGUCUCCUGGACGGCAGCGCUCCCCACGUCACCUCUCCCUGGUCCACGACAUGCCAUGACUGCAUUCUCGAGACUGUAAAUAUUUGCCUAAUGUUUUCAAAGUUCAUAAGACAAUCGCAGGUCAUUGUUCAAGCGUGACAGACUGCAGCACCGCAACAUAGUAAACAUAGGAAAUGUAAAUGGAUCAAGAGGGAAAAUAAUCCGUUAACGUUUUUAAUACCAUGUGUGUUUGAAACAUGACCUUGUUGUGGGUGUUGUGCAAUAAAGC